AGGAGGUGGUGUACCAUAGCUUUGAUCGUGCAGAAGACGAUCCCCAUAACUACUACCCCCUGAGUUUCUUAACUCGCUGACACCUAACGGGCUGCCUCCACACGUUCUGAAGCUCAAGAUGAACUGCCCUAUCAUAUUACUCAGGAAUAUUGACCCCGCGAAUGGACUUUGUAAUGGGACUAGGCUGGUGGUCCGGGGGUUCCAGAGAAAUGCCAUCGAUGCAGAGAUUGUGCUGGGGCAGCAUGUUGGAAAGAGGGUUUUUCUACCUCGGAUCCCCCUGUGUCCUUCUGAUGAUGAGAUGUUCCCUUUCCAGUUCAAGAGGAAGCAGUUUCCUGUCAGGCUCAGCUUCGCCAUGACGAUCAACAAGGCACAGGGACAGACCAUCCCCAACGUCGGUAUUUACCUACCCGAGCCAGUGUUCUCUCACGGUCAGUUAUACGUCGCGCUAUCUAGAGCCACCGCCAGAGUGAACAUCAGGGUCCUCGCUGUCCAGUCUGAUGACAAAAAAAAGAAGUUCUUAAAGCAAAAUGGUACGUACACGAUGAACAUCGUCUACAGAGAGGUCCUUACAGCAUAAGCGAGGUAUUUGUGGCAUAUUUGUCGUUUAUACUCUACAUAAUCAUGAUUUUUUUUUUAAUUCUAUCCAUCUGUUUAUGCACUUCUUCUGACAAUUACAAUGAAAUAUAAUGCGUUUACAGGAUGUGCACG